AUGUCCAGCAGAAAAAAGACGUUGUUGAAGGUGAUCAUCCUCGGCGACUCGGGCGUCGGCAAAACGUCGCUCAUGCAGCAGUUCGUCAACAACAAGUUCUCGCACCAGUACAAGGCCACCAUCGGCGCGGACUUCCUCACCAAGGACUUGGUGAUCGACAACAAAACCGUGUCCUUGCAGAUCUGGGACACGGCCGGGCAGGAGCGGUUCCAGAGCCUCGGCGUGGCGUUCUACCGCGGCGCCGACUGCUGUGUGUUGUGCUACGAUGUGACCAACGAGAAGUCGCUCAACAACUUGCCGUCGUGGAAAGACGAGUUCUUGAUCCAGCUGAACGUGCAGAACCCGCAGGACUUCCCCUUCAUUGUGAUUGGCAACAAGAUCGACGUUGACGAGAGCAAGAAGAUCGCGUCGUUGCAAAAGAAGUUGAUGCACGUGACCAAGAACCAGUUGGGCGGCCUGAACUACCCGGUGUUCGAGACCAGCGCCAAGGACUCGGUCAACGUGGAGUCUGCGUUCGAGGUCAUUGCCAAGAUGGCCUUGCAGCAGGAGGAGUUGACCGAGAGCUCGCGCAACGACGCGGGCGAUGACUACAACGACGCCAUCAACAUCCACUUGGAGAACCCCGCUGGGGGGUGUGCGUGCUAG